UUCUCCAAAUCCAACUAGAUAUCACGGGCGCUGCCGUGUGUCUGCAGACUGCAAAGGCCCAGCCCCUGCAAAAUUUCAUGCUUUGCAGAGAUUGUGUACAUACGCUGCUUACCUCCAUCGUGUUAGUGUGUGAUGUGUCAUUUGUCGGAUACCUGAAAUUCGCCCGUGGUGAUUUUAGGUGCAGUGUGAAUAAAACAUCUACCAUUCAUCGCUGUGUUGUUAGCUCCUUAAAAUCAUAAUUAUUUUUAGUACUUAUUGUAUAGUGCGCCGGCCGCCCAUAUUUCGGAUCUGUACAAUUAUAUUCAAAGACGUAUAGUAAUCAUGUCAAGUUCACUGAAGCCUUAUCUCACAGCGGUGAGGCGUACACUGACAGCUGCAAUGUGUUUAGAAAACUUUUCAUCUCAAAUUGUUGAAAAACACAACAAACCUGAAGUAGAAGUUAGAGCCAGCAAAGAGUUAUUGCUUACACCUAUCCUCAUUAGUAGAAAUGCCAACGAAAAAGUUUUAAUUGAGUCCAGCAUAAACAGUAUGAGAAUAAGCAUAGCUGUAAAACAAGUAGAUGAUCUUGAAAGGAUUUUGUGUCACAAAUUCACCAGGUUCAUGAUGAUGAGAGCUGAAAAUUUCAUGAUUCUCAGAAGGAAACCAGUACCGGGCUACGACAUCAGUUUUCUCAUUACAAACAUUCAUACAGAACAAAUGUAUAAACACAAAAUUGUGGACUUUGUUAUUCAUUUUAUGGAAGAAAUUGAUAGGGAAAUAAGUGAAAUGAAACUUUCUAUGAAUGCUAGAGCUCGCACAUGUGCUGAAGAAUUUUUGAAGAGGUUCUAGUCGUACACAUAGAUAAUCUAAAAAAAAAUCAAGAAAGCAGUUACAAGGAGAAUGUCUUCUGUUAUUCAAAUAGAAAGCACCCAUCAACUUGUUAUCUGUCUUUUGUUAGUGCAUCCUGAAAUGGUAUCAAACUGAAUUUUGUUAACGUUGUUUAGAAUUCAUAAUCUGAAUAGACAAAACGUGAUGUAACAAAAUGUAUGAACUGUAGGUGCUCCAAAAGUUUGUUUUAUGAAAUACAAGCACAAGUUGCUAACAUAUGUUUGAAUGCCUCAAUUCGCGUGAGUGUUGUAAUUUUGUGAAUGUAAAUUAUGAUUGACAAAUAGUUAUUAACAAUAUAUUCGUUUCUAUAAAUUUCAUGGAGGUAAUAGUUUUAUUUUGAACAAUUUAUUUUUAUGUAAUUUCAUGUAAAGUUUUGUAUUCAGUUAUAACGUUAUUGUAAUAUUGCUGUAUUGUUUUCAAUGAUAUUGCAUUUAUAGGCAGCAUUGUCUUUUGGAGAAAUGUAAUUUCGAAAAUUGUACAAGUAUGCACUUGAUUUGUGCUAUUGAUCAAUUAACAAACCAAAUUGAAUAAUGAAAUUUGUAUAGGAUUAAUGUUUUUAUGCCUAUACAUUUAUGCGAGAUCAAAAGUUGAACGUAGGUAAUUUUUAUCUCAAGCUGCCAAUUCUCCCUGAGAAUGUAAUCAAUUAAUAAACAAAACAUUAUAUACAAUCACGUUGAACUAUAAUACCAUAAGUCAACAUCAGUGAACUGAAUGAUUGUAUUACAUUUUUAUGAAAAACGUACAUAUUAAUAUGUCGAUUAUGAAAAUGUAAAAGUUCAAUUUUGUAUAAGAUACAAUAAAAAAAAGAAAAAAAAGUAAAGUUGCCUGCACGAACAAACGAUACUUUUUCGUGUACAUAGUAUACAUGUAAGAAAAAAAAAGAAGAAAGAGAAACGAAUUCAAUGACUGCCAAUUAUAGAUUGGAAACGCAAUGCAAGAGAGAGACUCUCUCCAUAAAUAACACAUUUAAACAAAGUGGCGCUAGCGCAUUGGAAUAUCCAAUGUUCCUCUCGGUUCUCCGUUCAUGAUGUGUAAACGGAUUGAUUUUUUUUCUGUUACAUUGGCGCGCGCAUUUAUGAAUAUGCUCAUACAGAAACAUUGUAGCGAGUACGAUUUGUAUUGUGUAUAAAUCGGCGAUGGCAUUUUUAUUUUAACUUUAUCACUAUUAUUAUUAACAUAUUGUAUUCUGUUUAUUGGUCUAACGACAUCUUAUACCCUAUAUUUAUAUAAUAAAAGAAAAUCAAUUGAUU